UCAACUUUCUCACGAGCCAGAAACAGGAUUUUACGCAGUCAAACGUUUUGGAGCAUCUUCAGAAUUCCUUUUGUAAAUGACUGACAACUCGAAACAUUUACGAUAGACCUACAGAGCUCGCGCUUUACGCGGAAACAUUGGCUGUGUAGAGUUGAGUGUCUGGACAUGACUUCACAUCAGAUCACGUGUAAGCUCUCCAGCGCAGGUCACGAGCAAAGAUGCGCACUUGACAUGACGCUAAAUAUGACAUCUGGGAAACGCAGCAGAGACUUACAGCACAGAAAGUCCUCUAAACCAAUCAUGGAGAAAAGGAGACGUGCACGGAUAAACAAUAGUCUUACACAACUGAAGACGCUUAUUUUGGACGCAUUGAAUAAAGAGACAUCUAAGCACUCCAAAUUGGAAAAAGCAGAUAUUCUUGAAAUAACAGUGAAACACUUGAAAAAUCUGCAACGUGCGCAAAUGACUGCGAACAGCGUUCCCAUGCUUGGCAUUGACAAGUACAGAGCUGGAUUUUGUGAAUGCACAAACGAAGUUAUCCGUUUUCUGUCCACUCACGAGGGUGUUGACACUGAAGUGAAGACCCGACUCCUGUCACAUCUGGCCGGAUGUGUUUCACACAUGGACCUUAUUUCGUGUCGUCCCCAGCAUCACCUGCGCGCGCGCACUUCAAAACCAGGAUUCGAGCCGCCAGCGAUGCCGCAGCUGAACGCUUCACUUUUUAUUAUGCCACCAGAGGCUUCAAAAUUACACAAUAGUUUCCGUUUGGUGCCGUCAAGUGAUGGGACCUUCGGUCUUUUAAUACCCAGUUCAUCCAGUAGUGGCUUGACCGGGCGUCAUGACGGUGCGCCUCUCUCUGGCGUGCCCCCAAGCGCGCGAGUAAACACUCAAGACUCCCUUUGGAGACCUUGGUAGGGUCUCACAGAAUGUUUGUACAGGGAUGUAAAUAGUUGCAGCAAAGGCAUGCUUUCUUUUUAAACAUCAGAACGGAAGUUUUUGGUGCCUGGAUUCAGCACGAAUUGUAAUUUAGAACAAGCAUCAACUGUUCAUUCGUUUUUUAUAGAAAUUGUUUUGUCAUGGAAGAUUAUUUUAAUAUUAAAUAUUUGUAUAAUAAA